AUGGUUUUGAUUUCCACCAGCGACAAGCAUAGAUUUUUAUCUAAUUUACAGGGGAUUAAUGCCUACUUACAAGUGCGGUUGAUAGGCUAUUGUGUUGAAGGCUCCCUCUUUCUUGUAUAUGAAUAUGUUGAGAAUGGUCGCAUAGGCCAACAUCUACGUGGUACAGGAAGGGACCCAUUGCCAUGGUCUAAGAGGGUUCAAAUUGCUCUAGAUUCAGCUAGAGGUCUUGAGUACAUACAUGAACAUACCGUACCAGUUUACAUCCAUCGUGAUAUUAAAACAGCAAAUAUUCUGAUAGACAAAAACUUCCAUGCAAAGGUUGCAGAUUUUGGUUUAACGAAACUGACUGAAGUUGGAAGCUCAUCUUUGCCAACACGAGUUGUGGGUACAUUGGGAUACAUGCCUCUGGAGUAUGCUCAGUAUGGUUAUGUCUCUUCUAAAGUUGAUGUCUACGCUUUUGGCGUUGUCCUAUAUGAACUAAUUUCAGCCAAGGAAGCGAUAGUCAAACCAAAUGGUUCUGUUACUGAAUCAAAGGGUGGUUCUGUUACUGAAUCAAAGGGUCUUGCUGCUUUGUUUGAAGAAGUACUUAAUCAGCCAGAUCCUGAUGAAGACCUUCAAAAGCUGGUUGACCCAAGACUUGGAAACGACUAUCCCCUUGAUUCAGUCCGGAAGAUGGCACAGCUCGCCAAAGCUUGCACCCAGGAAAAUCUCCUAAUAAGACCAAGUAUGAGAUCAAUAGUGGUUGAACUGAUGGCCCUCUCUUCGUCGACAGAAGAUUGGGAUGUUGGAUCUUUCUAUAAAAAUGAAGACCAGUCAUCAAUGUCUCAGUCUGAUAUUGAUCAAUGUGAAGCAUAUUACGAAGUUGCUGGGGGGACAAGGAAGAGAAGAAUAUAUGGUCUUGGAUCUCAAGCACAAAGUUAUUAUGGGCCGAAUCUUUGCGUCAAUUUUGGAUUUAAUGCUUCAGCAUCAGCAGCACCUUCAACUUCUCAAUCAGCACCUACAGAAAAUAUGGAGGAGUUAGUGAUGCGAUGGAUUCCUACACUGACUGAUCGCUUGCUUCCUUUAUUUAUUGAGAAGGCACGCGGAGUGAUUCCUUCACCAUCACAUCAUCCAAAUACUCCUAUCGACAAACCAUCGAUUGUGACACCCAUAGUGCCUCCUCCUACUACUGCUAACGUUGACGAUGUUGAUCCUUUAGUUUCUGAUGAUGAUCGUAGUCCUUCACCUAUGCAUUAG